CAACUUACACACACUUAAUACAGUGUAUAAAGGCAUGCAUGCGUUUAACAAACCGCGGUUUUAACCGGUUGUGCAGCAAACAGCGGCUUGGUCAAUAAAUAAAGCGAGACUAGCAGAGGAGUUAAAAUUAGCCCGAGUGUAGAAGGGCAAAGCUAGCAUAGCAUAGCAUAGCAUAACAUAGCGCUUCGGCUAAUAACAGUUAGCUGUCCUGUUAUAUGAGCUUGCAAGCACUGCAUAAAGCCGGAAAAAAGAGUACUCGGUUGUUCUGGUACUAGUUGUCUAUUUAGAGUAGUUUAGUCUUUAUAAUGUAAACAUUAUGACUUUUAUUUACAGUUUUGUGUUUGUAGCUUGCGUUGCUUGGCACUUUCUUCACUGACUAUACAGGAACCAAAACAAAGCGUCUUGCUCAAGGAAAAAUACACAACAGAUGAUGUGAUGCCAAAAGAGCAGGCUGGACUUUAAAAUAAAUGUUUUUGAUUAUUAAUAGUCAGUGUGUGAAAAGGAGCAAUCAGGAUACCUUUUUAUUAUCUAGCGUUAACUACAGACUAUUUGCUAGCUAGCUAGCUUUAAAGGCUGUUUUAAAUAAGGUUAUAUGAUAGAAAAGGACAACACAGUUCCUCCUUGCUCAGAAGGCUACACAUACUGGAAAUUGCUUUUUUUUUAAUGUAAAAUGCAUUUACAAUCAUAGCACUUAGAUACACAGAAGGUUACAUCUGCACUGCAUCAAGAUUGUGGAGUUUCAAAUGCUGAGCCAUGGAUGACGAGGACAGCCAGGAUGAGCUGAUCAACAAGAACAUCUCCCAUGGAAAAGGCAAAAGACCUACCACAUCUAUUCUCUCUGAUGAAGAGGAAGAUGGUGACGACUCACAUGAGGAAGGUACAGAUAGUGAGGAAGAUGAUGCUUCCCAUGAUGGAGAAGAUGAAGGUGGUGAGGAAGAGGACGAGGAAGAUGAGAGUGAUCAAGAAGAUGGUGAACAGGAGCUGGAGGGAGCGGUAGGGACAGAACCGACUGAUCUUGGGCUGAGCUCAGAUGAAGAUGCUGAGAAAUGCCCUAUCUGUCUCAACUCCUUCCAUGAGCAGCCAGUAGCUACGCCCCAGAACUGUGAACACUACUUCUGUCUGGACUGCAUUCUGGAGUGGGCCAAGAAUGCCAACUCUUGUCCCAUUGACCGCAUAGUGUUCAGUAACAUCCUACUGAGAAAAUGCUACGGAGGAAAAGUCCAGAAGAUGAUUACAGUUCAGAGGCCAGUGACACAGGAACAAGAGGAGCCGGUGAAUGUGGAUCUGGAGCAGACCAGCUGUGAGGUGUGUGGAGGGACAGACAGAGAAGAUCGUCUGCUGCUCUGUGACGGCUGUGAUUCUGGGUACCAUAUGGAGUGUUUAACACCACCCUUGGAUGCUGUGCCUGUUGAGGAGUGGUUUUGCCCAGAAUGUGCACCAAACACCCGCAACAGAAGGGUUGAGAGGUUGAGUGAGGAGGAGAGCAGUGCUCUUCCUACCACCAGCCGCUCUCGGCCAGCAGGCUCCCAACCCUUACGUGCAAUUGCACGGACGCAGCACAGCGAGAGGGUCCGAGCCAACGUCAACAGACACCGUAUCACACAGGCACGCACUGCUGCACAGCUUGCACCUCAGUACCUGAUGCGGUCCACCUGGCUGGAUGAGACCAUCAAUGCUGUAGUUGCUGGACUUAACACAGCCGUGUAUGUGAGGGACUUAACUCCCCGGCCAAGAGCUCGCAGGAGACGCAAGAGAGCACCAAGAAAGAAAACCGUAAAAGAAGGGAAGGACAUUAAAGGUAAAACCUCAACCACGAAGGUGAAAAGGCGGAAGCGUAAAGUGAGGAGAACGAAGUUAAGAAAAAAAGCGGUGGUCAAAAAGAAGACCACAUCUCAGGGCCGCAUUGCGCAGAGUCUGGGCCUGAAGAAACCCAGCCGCAGCUCUUCUGUCCCCUCCGUGUAUCGCCCGUGUGAGCAAACACUGGGCAGCAUGAGAGCGGACAUCGGGGCAGCCUCCCUCUCCAUUUAUGGAGACCCCUUUGAUCUCGAUCCCUUUGAUAAUGGGGAUGAGGAGAUGGAGCAGGCUCCAGUUCAGCCCUCUUUGUUGGAAGCUAAACGGCGGGGUUUGUCCCGCUCUGCUCUGCGCUCACACCAGCCUGUGGCCAGACCCAUACUUGCUGGUUUUUCCAGGCGAGGGCACAGUAUCCCUCAGGUGGAAGAGAUAGCCGAGGCUGCACCAGUCCCAGACUUGCUGGGAAGUAUCCUCAGCGGCCAAAGCUUGCUGCUGAUGGACAGCUCCGAUGUGGUUAUCAACAGAGAUGGCUCUCUCAAAGCCCCCAAACCAGCCUGUUUGUCAUCUCCAAGGAGCAGCAUCUCGGGAAGCUCUGCUUUAGAACGGACACCUUCCACAGGAGCAGCUAACUUUCACUCCAGCAGAGAGCCUGCACCUUCCUCCAGCCCUUUAACAAACUCAUCACACAGCUCAUUACAGCCCACUCCUGCCCCUGUAACGCUCUCAACAUCCUGCCCACCCACUUCCCAUGCACCUACUUCUGUUCUUGAACAUCCACGCUUACCUACGCUUCUUCCACGCAGGCCAAAUCCCACAAACUCAACUGGAGCUGGACACAGUCAGUGGGGCACCUGUAGCACCAGAGGCCAACCCCCAGCAAAGGUUACAAAUGGAGCUCCUGACUCUAAUAUUGGAGAGAGGCGAAGUACCACAAAUGUCCCUGCAAAAAAGCCUCCCCCCAAGCCAGUAUGGGUGGAUGUGUCUGUGUUGCCAAGAAUACCAAAGAUUAAAAGAGAAAACAGUUCUGUGGCAAAUGGCAGCACUGGGAGCAAUAACAACAACUUGCCAGAAUCUUCCAUGACGAGUUUAGCAGGUGACAAAGGCCGGCAGAGUUCAGUUGACCAACAGGGAGCAAGUGAAAGCAGGCAGAGUAGGCCAAUAGAUGGCCAGAGGCAGAGACUGGAUAGAGCUGUGCCUUCAUCUUCUUUUUCUAACUCUUUCUCUACUCCAUCAACCUCUGCUAGUGUAACAUCAGAUUCACAACUGUCCUCUUCUUCUGCUAUUAGUUUUCGCAUUAGCAGCAGUGGCAACCCAUGGCAUGCUCGGCGGCUUUCUGCGCCUGAUCAAGCCCUGCCUGCAAAAGAUAAGGGAUCUGUGAAGAGAAACGAGAAAGAUAAACAGAUGUUGCUGUCAUCUUAUUCCCAGGCUAAAAAGACCUCUGUGGAGAGUGAGGUCUAUGAUCCCUUUAAUCCCACAGGAUCUGAUGCCUCAGACUCUGAAGAUGAGAAUGAGAAUGACAAGACAGAAAUGAUUCUGCAAAGCCCUCCACCCACGGUACAAACUGUGGGGCAAGAUGCUGAAAAUGAAAUUAAAACAGAGUCCAUGGACUUGGAUUUGCCUGUGGAUCAUGAAAUAUCUGGAAUGAAAGUGCAAGUUAAACAGGAGCCAGCCUCUCCCAAGGAUGACUCGUGGUCAUCUCCUUCUCAUCAGCCAGCCACCCUGCUUGCAACUCGGUCUGAGAGUCUUGCCGCUCUUGGGGCAUACAGUGGAAGCCCUGUGGUCUCUGAUGCUGAGGACAGUGGAAAUUCUGAGGGUCAGUUAACAAAGGCUCUGGAUCGUUCCAGAUCUAGCUCAUCCUCCAGUCAUCACAGUGACCAGAAGGUCAAGAUAGAGGUAAAGUCUGAACCAGAUUUUGAACCUGUGAAAUCCAUGUCUCCAGUUGUGUCUCAGGUAACCAAAGGAAAUGGGUUUAUACAUGAACUGUCAUCCGUAUCAGGACGUUCUGAUGUAAAUCACAAGAGCAAGGAGAAAGAAAUAAGAUCACCAUGUGCCAGUUCAGGAGAGGAGAAGAGGUCACAGUGUGCUUCCAGCAGUCCUCCUUUCAAAGCCUCUGAACGGUCUGAUAAACAGAAGAAACCCUCACAGUCCGAAGACAGAAGGCGAUCACGUUCUAGAUCUCCACGCCGAAGGCGAUCUCGCUCAAGAUCUAGAGAGCGAAGUCACUUACGAGACAGGAGGCGCUCGACUCGCUCCAGCAGCAGUGAAAGCUCAAGGAAGAGAAGAAGAAAGCAUGAGAGCCAUGACCGUUAUGACAGCAGGGAGAGCGAGGGACAGAAAAGGUCCAAGAAGAAAAGAUACUCUCACUCACGGUCAAGAUCUCGAUCUAGAUCUAGAUCUAGAUCCAGAUCAAGGUCAAACUCCAAAGAGAGGAGGAGAGAACGAACGUUUUCACAUAGGUCUUCCUCCAGUUUAAGGGAUAGAAAUGAAAUAAGAUCAAGAAGGAAAAGGUCUAGAUCAACUUCUAGAGAGCGGAGACGGAGAGAGAAUGUUUCAGAAGGCCCUCGCCACAGAGAACAGCACACUGACAAAAGUGUAGUUUCCACUUGUGCUGAGGAAAAGGAGCCAACUGGUAGUAUAGACAGAAAUGCACUCUUACUGAAGGAGUCACAGAAAGGACAAAAUGAAUGUGACACUACACUUUCACUGGUUUCAAUUAAAAAGGAGACUGAUUCCAGUGGUCAAGAGAAUUCACAAUUAAUUGAAGAGUCUGGAAAGCAAAUUUCAGAGGAUGUUCUUUCGAUUAGUGUGUCACACAAACCACAUAAAUCCAAACCUAUUGAAAUCAAAGAAGAAAAAGACUCCCCACUUAAUAAGAUUAAAGAGUCCCAGCUACUAAAAGAUCAACUGCCAAAACAGGUCAAAGUAGAGCAGAUUUGGCCUGAUGAUGAGGAUUCCUGCAGUGAUGAUGAUGCUCUUGUGAUUAAUUUAUCUUCACCUGGCCCUGCUCCCGCGGAUUGUGAAAAGAUGACUGACUGUGAAUCUACAAGCCUGCCUGUGGUGCCAAAGGUGGAGAUGGAGGUAGAACCUCUGCAAGUAUCAUGUCCAGUAAAACAAGAACCAAUGGACUCUUCAGAUGAAGAGAUCAAUGUCGAUUAUUUGAUUGACAACUUGGACUUCAUUAAGAAGGAGAUGAAGGAUGAGCCAGUAACUAAUGCUGCAGGUGCCGUGGAGCCCCAGGCUGAUAUGGGCAAGGAGUCAGCAGGGGUCAAACAGGAGAUGGAGUCAGUGUUAGUAAUGGCAGGCACCAAAGCCAAAUCACAGGGUAAACGCGUCACCUGGAAUAUACAGGAGCCAGUGGUGUCCCAGCCAGACAAAAUGAGCAAGCUUGCACUAUUCAAAUUGAAACUGAAGCAGGAAGGGUCCCGUAAGACUGUCUCAUCCUCCUCCAUGCAGAUCACUGGCCAGGUGGCAGCCGCUGUCCAGGAUGGAUCCAAAUCAGCCGCCGCGAGUAUCAAUUCUCCAGCACUGGAAGGGAGGUCAAACGCUGGCCAGGAGAAAUCCAAAUCUCGCAAAGAGGAGCUGUUGCAGAAUCCUGAUCAGAAAGACAAGUACAUGAAGAAGCUUCAUAUGCAGGAACGGGCCAUAGAGGAGGUGAAACUGGCCAUCAAACCCUUUUAUCAGAAAAGGGACAUAACAAAGGAGGAGUACAAAGAGAUCUUACGGAAGGCUGUCCAGAAGGUGUGUCACAGCAAGAGUGGUGAAAUUAAUCCAGUGAAGGUAGCCAACCUGGUAAAGGCAUAUGUAGAUAAGUACAAACAUGCCAGGAAACAUCGUAAAGCAGAGGAGAAGCAGAGUGCUGAAGGCCCCAAAGAUUCCGAGACUCCUGGCUGAUACCACAGUGUAGCUGCUAAUCAGUAAACUUAAAGGGCUGCACAGUUGCAUAAUAAAUGUAGUUCAUUGUAUUCUUUGUGCAGAGGUUCUCGCCUCUGUGAAACUACGCAAGAAAGGAACUAGUGAUCUGGGGUGAACAAAACCAUUUUACAGUGUGGAUGUGUACCAGAAGUAUGGUAUGCUCUCUAGCAUAUUAGUACACUAUUGUUAAUGAUGGUAUAGUUUUUUUUUUUUUUUUUUUUUUUUUUUUUUUUUUUUUUUUUUUUUUUUUUUAAAUCUUGUCGAAGUCGACAGGAUCUUUUUGAAAUGUUUGAUAGACAUUGUUACCAAGCUGAAAUUGAAAUUGCACCACUGAGGCUGCUCUUUUUUCAUAGUUUUGGUUUGCCAAUGUUACGGCAUAUUGUACUGCUGUCGUUAAAACUUUGAGAACUGGAAAAAAUUGACCUUUUCAGAAUAACAGUUGUUCAAUAUAACAGUAUUUAGAUAUUAAUAGUAUAGAUGUAUAUUUAGCACACUGGGGCUUGUUAUAGAUUUAAAUCUGAAAAUUUACACACCGUUUUCGUCAGUAAAAUGUGUGAUUGUACAGGAUGCCUCAUAUGGCCAAUAUUCAGACUAGCAUCAGGAUGACUGUGUGGCAUGGCAUUUCCUGAUCACAAUGGAAAAAAGGCUUACCUAAUUUUCCAUUGUGGAAAAUCUGCAAAGAAUUUUUUUUUAAAUAUUAUCACUGGAGAGACUAUUACACUGUUAACUUCAGUUCAAAGAAGCUGAGCUCCAGUGUCCAGUCUGUCAGCAGCUGUUUUUAAACUCAUAUCACCAUCCCAAUUAAUCUAUUUUUUUGGCAUUAAUUUUAACAGAUUCUUUUAAGCAACUAUACAGAAGACUUUAUGUACAUAUUCAAAGAUUUGAAUAUUGUAUCAUGACUCAAACGAAAUUUCAGUUAAACUGAAAAAAUCUUUUUUCUUCUUUAUAUACUUAAGCCAUAUAGAAAAUGUUUAACAACUGAUAUGACAGUGAUGUAUUUAGAUUAAUUGGAUAUAAAUCAUCUUCAUUAAUUGUUUUUCCCUCAUUGUAUCUGUUGAAUAUUGCCCGAGAGUUGAUUUGCCAAUGAUAUAUUUAUGUUUUUGUACAGAGAUUUUAAGUGUAGGAGAAUAUAGAGACUGGUGCUGCAGUGCAUCAUAGGAAUAAAGCUUCUUGAACGUUAUUCCCAUAAAACACGUGACAGAUUUGUCUUUGGGACAGGGGAAGGAUCUUUUUAACAAGGUGCUUUUGUUAUUCUUUUCUUUGUGUUCAUUUACUUUUAGCAUCAGUAAUUUGGAAUUGGUGAAAAUUAUGGCAGAGUGUGUAUUCAUAUCGUUUUAUUUGUUCAUGAUUAACUCUGCAUUUAAAGACAAAAUCGGUAUAUUAGGCUUGUAGAAGCAGGAAAUAAUGUUUUCAUAGUUGCUGAAGGCAGAUUGUUGAUAAUCCUACUUGGGUGAAAUGUGCUGCCUUAUUACUGAAUUAUACUUGAUUCUCAUUGUGAACUGGAGAAUCCAUUCUGUUGAUUUGUAAAUACCUUUCUUUAACAAUUUAUUUAAUAAAAGUGAAAACAAAA